AUGGGGCGCUCCUGCAAAUCCUUUCUGACUGUGCUGGUCUUCGGUAGUACCAAGAGUCUCAGCCAAUACGCGAUCUGUGGAAUUUUGUACGACUCUGUUCGUGGCAAUUCUGAGACCGAAGGGAUGGAAAGAGCCAUUGUUUCAGCCCUGACGGCGGCCCCAGCAGGGGCUGUGAACAGUGAGCGACUCUCUUGCAUUUCUGACAUUCCAGUCAUGUCAGGGCAAAAAAGAUCGAUGAUUGCCGCCCUGUCAAAUAGCACCGACUGGCGGGCUAAGCAAAAAGAGAGUAUAACUUUUUAUUUUCCCUGCUGGCGACGGUUGGCGCCGCUGGGCAUGCACGUGGUGCUGCAGCAGUUCAGUUUGGUGCCCGUAUCACCACGCACCGGGGCUAUCCCCACAUCCAUCCAGGAACCACCCACACUAAAACGACGCCGUCAGUCUAGGCCUUGUGGUGGUCCGAACCUUGACGGAAUUAUGCCCUUUGCAGAAGAGGCUGGCGUGCGAGGCGGGAAUUACGAUGCGCGCCGUACCACUGCUGAUCGGCAAUUGUCCCUGGCCACCGCCGCGAUCAUUAUCUCCCCAUACGAGCCGACUUUGAUAGAUUUAAUUUUCCUGGCCAUUCUCAUGCGACAUCCCGGAAUGACUGGACACCUUGUUAACAUCUCGCCAAUCGUACACUGGCUCCGUGAGCUACAAGUGCAACUGCCAGGCUGUGUCGUCUUUCUGACUCUAUGCACCGUCUGCAUGCUGCGGCAACAACCCAGCCUCGAGCAAACACCCAGGGCAUAUGACAGCCCACAGCCCACAGCCUACAAUAUACCCUACCCUGUUCUCCUUUACACUGCACAGGUGCACGGAGGAGUACCCGAUCUGUGAAGAGGAGAUACCUGAUAGACACCUUGUGCUCCAUAUCUGUUCGGUUGACGAGACCCUAGUAUGUCGAUCGAAAUACACCAUGCUACCCCUCUUUCAACGUCUAGACCUCCCAAAGAAUAGUUUUGUCCACUGCAUAUCAUGCGAUCUAUGGCCUGAACCACUCGGAGUGAGGGUGUUCUCAAUAGUUCCUGCGGUAGCGAGCUCGGGUUUGGUCUUUAUAUGCGCCGUUGUAGAUAGAUACUGCACUAUAGACGGAGCGCAG